AUGAUUGCGUUGCACUGUGCGUCUCAGCAGCUGGACACCAUGGAGCAGCUAGAGGAGGAACUUACUUGCCCAAUCUGCUGCGGUCUCUUCGAGGACCCGCGGGUUUUGCUGUGCUCACACAGCUUUUGCAAGAAAUGCUUGGAGGGACUCUUGGAAGGGAACCGAGGUCCGGCUUUCAGAACACCUUUCAAAUGUCCCACAUGCCGCAAAGAGACCCCUCACAACGGCGCAAACAGUCUGCAGAUCAACUAUUCUCUACGCGGAAUAGUGGAGAAGUACAGCAAAAUAAGGGUUAUGCCUAAGAUGUCUGUUUGUAAACAACACUGCGGCCAACCUCUAAACAUAUUUUGCGCCACAGACUUAAAACUCAUUUGUGGGUUUUGCGCAACAAUAGAUGACCACAAAGGGCAUAAAUUCUGCUCCUUGGAGGAGGCAUAUGAACGAGAGAAGGAGGCGUUUGAAGAGCUGCUUCGCGGGGUGGAGAACUGGCAGAGCGCAGAUAUCCUGUCCUGCCUGGAGACACUACAAGCCAGUAAGAAAAGGGCGCUUCAGUCGGUGACCAAGGAUGCAGAAAAGGUAACCGACUAUUUCGACAAACUCACCAGUUCCAUUGAAUGCAAAAAGAACGAGAUCCUCUCCGAUUUCGAAACACUGAAGCUAGUGGUGAUGCAAGCAUACGACCCGGAGAUCACAAAGCUGAGCGCAGCGAUGGAGGAGCAGAGACGGGCGCUCAGCAUCGCCGAGUCUUUCAGGAGCGUCUCCGACCCCCUGUGCUUUCUGCAGCAGAUGCAGGAGUUUCGGGAGAAGUUUAAAGUCCUUAAGGAGACCCCACUGCCUUCUCGGAAAGACAUGGACGUCGGUCCCCUUGUGCGCAAUUUCGAUGUUAAAAAGUGGGACUCACUGCGGCUCAGAGAAGUGGACAAGAUCUCAGUCCCCCACGAGAGUGGCUCCUACCGAGCAGGGGGCUCACGGAUGGCAGCGCCUAGAUGGAUCACCUUAUUUAUGAGUUUGUUACUGGCAACACUGCUCCUGCUGCUGCCGCCGCACAACCUUGCAGCCUACGUGCCCUCGCAGAUUGAACCAUUUCUCCCUGCAGUGUCCUCGCACCUUACCCACACCGGUGUGUACCUGCGGGAAAUGACUGACAUGUGCACAAGUUUAAUAGUUGCAGGUCAGGAAUGUGUCAUGAACUUAAUUUACUCUGCUGUCAGUUUUAUUGGAAGUUGUAAAUUGUUUUAAUUACUAGCCUGUGGCAUCUUUGACAUGCACACACAGCUACAAAUUGUUAUCCAAGUAGUGACCUGUGAGGGACAUUAAAGUAGCGGCAGAUAUGUACCUGAAUAUUUGUGAAUUCUUGUUUACUGUUAUUUUUUUUGUAUAUAUAUAUAUUUUGCCAAAACUAAAACCUCAAUGAAGCUAUAGAAUCAACGCUACAUUUACAUCAGAUGGACGCUGAAUCAUAUUUCUUACCUCGAAUGUGCAAUCUGUUUUCUCUUUUUUUAUUACGAUAUGACAAAUUUACACUUGUCUGAGAUGAUCUUGAUUGGCUAAAUAAAACAGAAAUGUAAUUCAC